UCUUUGCUGGAGGAACUUGGAAUGGGGCCUGUGCUAAAGCAAUUCAGAACAAUGAGCGGCUGGCCGUUCCAAUUCCCGCUUUGUUCUCUGUGCAGAUAAAUGUAUCCAAUAUGGACCAUAUGCUGGGCAGCUUCUGGGGCCUCUUGUGGACUCUGCUGCUGCUGUGUUUGCCGCCACAAGAAGUCCACGGAUUCUUCCCCAACUUCUGGUCUCGUGCGAUGGCUUUUGCCUGGGGCUCCAUCACCCACCAAGACAUGACCGAAGAGGCGAUUCUCAGCGUCACCGUGCGUCUUUUCGUGGAAAUGCCUCAUCCCAAGGGGAAGCGCAUCCGAGAAGAGGACUUCAAGGACAGGACCCUCCUGGCUGAUGAUGUCUUUGCAGCUUUCUUUGGUCCUAAGGUAUCCGCCAAGCGUUUCCGUGGAGCCAUUGCCCAGGUGGCCAACGCCAAUGCCGCCAUGGACUUCCUGAACACCACGCGGGACGACCCUGUGCUUCACUUCGAUUCGGAGCUCAUCCAUUCCGCCAAUGCCUGGCUGUUGCAAACUCGUAAGGAGGUCUUGCAAGCUGUGCGCUCAGAGCAGUAUGGCAUUGCCCGGGAAAAGUUGGGGCAGCUGCUGCAUACAUUACAGGAUUUUUAUAGCCACAGCAAUUGGGUAGAACUCGGAUACCAGCACAUUCACCAACACCUGCUCAAGCCAGGACAGGAAAUCAAGUCAAUCGCAGAAGCUGACACCCAGACUUGCAGCAGCUGUUCUUACUGGACCUGUGAAGGGAACCUCUUAGAAAGCCUUGCUGCUAAGGGACUUUUGACCACCGGUUACUAUGGUACCAAGCCGGAAAAGCCAAUAGGGAAGUGUAGUCACGGUGGGAAGUUUGACGACAGCCGCCACAGAGACCCUCACGGUGGCAUCAAUAAGGACAGUUCAUCCUUGCUCUUCUCGCCCCACCACUAUCUGCACCACAAAGCAGCUGCGCUGGCCCAGGAGGCUUCCACCCACUUCCUGGAGAUGCUGUGGCGAGAAAUUGGGAACAAGCCUUUCAUGAGGUUACUAGAUAUCAGUCCAGCCACGGGUUUGAGCUUUGUUGUGGACACCACUGGGAGCAUGGGAGAAGAGAUCAACGCGGCCAAGUCCCAGGCACGGAAGAUCAUCGACUCGCGCCGUGGCACUCUCCAGGAGCCAGAUUUCUAUCUCUUAGUGCCGUUCAAUGACCCUGAAUUUGGCCCUGCGCUGAAGACCAGUGACCAGAAAAAGUUCUGGGAAUUCCUUGACACUAUCCAUCCUUUGGGUGGCAAGGAUGAGCCAGAAAUGUGCCUUUCUGCCCUCGAGCUUGCCCUCCAGAACUCACCUCCGUAUUCUGAGAUCUUCGUCUUUACCGACGCAUCAGCUAAAGAUGCUCACCUCCAGAACAGCGUGGAAGCCCUUAUCCAGGAGCAGAAAUGCAAGGUGACCUUCCUAAUUACAGAAGAUCCCUCCAGGACCCGGGUGAAACGGGAAACGCUUGCCCCGGACCGGUUCAACCUCUACAUAAACUUAGCCCACAGCUCUGGCGGCCAGAUCAUAUUUACAAACAACGAGAAUAUCCGCCGGGUGACUGAAAUAAUUGGUGAAUCCAGCGUAUCUUCGGUGACCCUCUUCAAUUACCAGAAAGGAGCCAGCUUCAGCCUGGGGGGCUCUCGCAAGAGGAUGAGAAGGCAAGCGACAAUACAGGAGGUUCACCCAUUUUGGAUUGACAGCUUGGUUGACCAAGUGGUCAUGACUAUCCAAGGUGCCAUUUGGGCCUUCACCAUCCAGGAUCCUACAGGUUCAACCCAGAAUUCUACAUCGGUUCGUGGUCCUUUAGCUGAGAUCCAGUCCAUCGGAGGCGUCUACAGAGUGUUACUUUCUUCCCCUCUCCGUCCUGGAGAAUGGACUUUGGCGCUUCAUUCUAAAGGAAACUAUUCUGUGCACAUCCAGGGCCAGAGCACGCUUGACUUCCUGCAUUACUUUGCAGUUCAAGUGGAUGGACGGCACCCUGGGCUUUUGAAAAUGGACAGCAACCCCGUAGAAGGGGUUCCUGUAUUCUUGGUUGUUAUGGCAACAGGCUUGAGCCAGCCGGAGUCUGGCUCAGUCGAUCUACAGGCCGUGAACUUGGCGGGGAAGGCGGGCAGCCUCGGGGAGCUGAGCCAGAGAGGCGCCAACAAGACUGAUUUGUCUUGAUGGCCGAGCCAGUUCCCCAUCCCUAUUGGCCGGCAGCUUCACAGUAAUAUUGCGCUGGACAGCAAGGGCUGAAGGUGGAGAGUCGCCCUCAGGCUGCUGCCACUGUUAUGUGGAUCCCUUCUGGAGCUGAGCAGAGACACUCCUGUGUUCCCAGGGAAGCCGGUUUCCAUCGUCUGGAAGUUAACAAAUCCGGGUUCACUCAAGCAGUACGGUCUGAAAGCAAGCAGUGUUCCCCGGCUCCCAGUAAACAUCUCCAGCUCCAGGCUACAGUUAGGCCAUAACCAGUCAGCCACGGGGCAGGUCACUCUUCACAUACCCAGCGCUGCUGUUCCAGGAUCCGUGGUCACCGUAACUCUCCAAGCCAGUUCUUUGCACCCAGCGGAGGAUCCUGCAUUUGCCCAUAUCCGCUUGCUUGUGAUGCCCCCCUCUCCAGUGCAUAACCUCUCCUUGCCGUUCUGCAACGUCUCUCGGGUCGAUGGUUCCUGCGGUCCUUCUCUGCCCCGCUGCCACACCCGCCAUUGGACGGUCACUUUGCAAAUCUGGGAUGAAGCCGGAGUUCGCUCUGUGCAGGUGGAGGGAGGAGGGGCGGUCCCCCACCAAGCUGAUGGGCCGGCAGAGUUGGUCAGCCACACCUCAGACUGCUGCUUGCAGGAGGCCAGGCUGGUGGUCACCAACCGGCUCGGGGAAAAAUAUCUGUGCCGAGUGGAAGCGCCCCCAGAGGUUCCUGGGAAGGUGGUGGCAAUGCUGCCCAACGUCCCUAGCAAGGAAGCUGCUGCUGUGUCUAUCGCCACCCGGGUAUAGGGUGUUGAUUGGUUUCCCAUGUCCUACGGGUUCUUUCAGACUUCAGGCCA